CUCUCACCCUAAAGCAACCAUUACUUCCCUUCGUCUCUCUACUCUCAAAUCGAUCGGAAGCUGAAAUGGCUCGCACCAAGCAGACCGCCCGGAAAUCCACCGGAGGCAAGGCUCCGCGGAAGCAGCUGGCCACCAAGGCGGCGAGGAAGUCCGCGCCGGCGACCGGCGGAGUGAAGAAGCCGCACAGGUUCCGCCCCGGGACGGUGGCGCUGAGGGAGAUCCGCAAGUACCAGAAGUCAACCGAGCUUCUGAUACGGAAGCUUCCGUUCCAGAGGCUCGUCCGCGAGAUCGCUCAGGACUUCAAGACGGAUCUGAGGUUCCAGAGCAGCGCCGUCUCGGCGCUCCAGGAGGCGGCGGAGGCGUACCUCGUCGGACUCUUCGAGGACACCAACAUCUGCGCAAUUCACGCCAAGAGGGUCACCAUCAUGCCGAAGGACAUGCAGCUCGCGAGGAGGAUCCGCGGCGAGAGGGCUUAGUUUCUCUGUUAAUUUUAGCUAGAGGUUAGAUUCAGGAUUGUAUGGCCGUUCUUCUUCAUCUAUCUCUCUCUGUUUAUCUGUUUCUCUUGGCUGCAACAGGCAAUUAGAAUACUUGGGAAUGUCCAAUCGAUUUCACGAACUAGUAAAUUCUAAGUGAUAUC